AUGCCACUCUUCUCGGCACGCUCCGGUGUAAUGAAGCAAUUCGAUGCUCCAGAGUCGAAUAAAACGUGGGACUCAAAACCGCCCACUAACAAGACAUCUGAUAGACUGGAAAUUCCGCUCCAAUCUCUGACGCCACUCAUCUGCCGCCUCUGGGCUAACUCCGCCCUCAAAGUACGGCGUACCAAUCCUCUGCAUGUGCCCCAUCAUAUCCAAAUAAGGACACACCCACCCAAACCCGCAGCCCUCUGCUGCACCUCUGCCACUGGAGGUACUCCCGGAGCCCCUGUGGAACCACUGGCGGAAAACGAGCCAAUAACUGCGUCAGCAAACCCACCACUAAGUCAUCAAGACCCUGAGCCGGAGCACCACCCCAACCCGGAGCAGCCCCCGCUCCCAAACCAACACUCGCAUCCACACUGGCCUCACUCGCCAUGGAUACCGACUGGGUCACCGACGCAGUCGCCACACUCGGCGCCACACUCUCUCCCGAAUCCGCCGAAGUCCACAAUCUCGGCCCCGGCCUCUCCACGGCCUCUAGCACCGCGCCCUCUCGCGCCACAACCUCUAGCUACUCAGUCCAUCUCACUCAUGGAACCGAAAAGAGCACACUAG